CAGAAACAACAACACUCACAAGGAUCCUCUUUUGUUUUGUCCGUACUGAAACGAUGGACAAUUCUGUUCGAAUCUCCUCCGUCUUAAGAUCAUCCAAUCUCUGUCUGAUAAAUCCUAGAUCCUCAUCUUCCUCUAGAUUCCUCUGCUCCCAAAGAAACCCCGACGAAUCUCCCGAAAACGACAACGGUGAUAAUAGAUCGUCGAGGGAUUGGGACAAAGCGUGGAAGAAUUUCAAGAAACAAAGCAAGAAGACGUUCUUCUCUCAGUUCAACGUUGACAAGUACGUGACGUGGAAUCCUCCGAGAUCGGAGUUUCCAUUGUCGGAAGAAGUUGAUCCUAUCAAAAGAACAGAGAGAUCCAAUCUCGUGCUUUGGACAAGUCCAAAGUUUACAUUAGUUGGAGCCAUCGUCAUUGUCUCAUUCCUCCUCCUUCUCUAUAUAUUCAUUAAUAAAAACUUAAUAAUAAGAAAAAAAUUAAGAGUGUAGAAAAAUAACUAAAACUAAAUAUUCUCAACACUUUAAUCGUUUA